CAGAGCAGUAUUGAAUUUGAUUGCAGAAAUGUCAACAGCCAAACAUCAUGUUCUGACGCUCCUUUCCGGAAUGGUGAAAGCUCCGCCGCAGAAAGCUCUUUCCCUACUCAGCUCGUCACCUCACCACACUCACGAAUCCAUUUCAAUAAUCAUCCAUCACCUUUUCUCUCUCAACAUGCUGUCGCAGGCCGAAUCCUUCAUCGUUCGGCUCCUAUCCGGUAAAAUGCCGCCCCCCUUCUUCACAAUCGCUUCCCUUGUACCGUAUUUGACCACCAAUUCCAACUCUCCCCGCGUUUAUGAGACAAUCAUUAGCGCUCACAUCAAAGCGCAGCAGCCGGUGGAGCGCGUUCUCCCGUUGCUUGAUGAAUUGAUCGACCGAGGGUUUGCGCCGUCGCCGAUUCUUUUCAAUUCUGUGUUGAAAUGUUUCGUGAAAGAGUGCCAUUUCGAGAAGGCUUGGUUGGUUUUCGAGAAAUAUAAGGGGAGAGUUGGAUUGGAUGUUUAUACCUUUGGGAUUUUGGUGAAAGGCUGCUGCGAGAGUGAUAAUUUGGAGAGGGGUUUUGAGGUUUUGGGGGAAAUGUGUGAUUUGGGAUUUAGCCCUAAUGUUUUUGUGUACACUACGUUGAUCCAUGUGUGUUGUAAGAAGGGUGACGUCGAGAAGGCGAAGAGAUUGUUUUUCGAGAUGGAGGCGAUCGGAUUGGUCGCCAACCAAUACACUUACACGGUGUUGAUAAAUGGGGUUUUCAAGAGAGGUUUGAGGAAAGAUGGGUUUGAGCUUUUUGAGAGGAUGAAGAGUGAAGGUGCAUUGCCUGAUUUGCAUACCUACAACUCCGUGCUGAAUGCGUAUUGCAGCGAAGGUGAAAUGGGGAAAGCAUUCCAACUGUUUGAUGAAAUGCGCCACAGAGGGGUGACGUGCAAUGUCGUGACUUACAAUAUAUUGAUUGAGGGGCUGUGUAAGCAGGGGAAUAUUGGCGAGGCAAAGAGAUUGUCUGGUGAGAUGAUGAGCGGUGGUUUGAGGCCAAGUGUAAUCACUUACAACUUGUUAAUGGAUGGGUACUGCCGCGUUGGGAUGCUUGAGAAAGCUCUGUAUUUGCACAAGGAGCUCAAGUCUUCCGGUUUAUCUCCAACCGUGAUCACCUACAAUGUCCUGAUUGCAGGAUGUGCAAGAAGUGAGGACUCUUCUCGGGUUUUGAACUUCCUAGUCUAACAACAUGGAGAAAGCACUCGAACUCCUUGCCUACAUGAAGAGGACCAGUUUGGUUGCAGAUGUUUACACUUACAGCGUCUUGAUAAAAGGGUGGUGCCAUGAAGGAAACAUGAGGGAAGCAUCAAAAUUGUUGCAGACAAUGCUUGAGAUGGAAGUCGAACCUAAUGAUGUAAUAUACAAUACGAUGAUCCAUGGAUAUUGCAUACAAGGUCGCUCCUAUAAAGCGUUGAAGCUUCUCAAAGAAAUGUGUGAAAAGAGCAUGGUGCCAAAUGUAGCCAGUUACAACAUGACAAUGCAAGUCCUUGAAGGAGAUGGGAAACAAGACUCAGCUCAAAAUCUUCUCGCUGGCAUGUUGAAAUUCAGCCUAAAGCCGUCUUUUGACUUGAAACAUCAAACGGAGAAGAAGGAAUCAUAUCACUUCUGAGACUUUGGUACUAUACUCUUCGUUAUGGUUGAAGAUAGAACUUCAAAACUAAAAGAUGCUAUAUUUGUGGAGGAUCAGAAGAGACCUGACAGAGCUUCGAGGAAAACUUGUCCGAGUCCAGAAACGAGCCCAAGAUCUAUCUCGUGCAUAGAGAGAUGCGUGGAUCAAAACAAGAAUUACAAUUUUAUUCCUGAUCCCCAUUCUUUUUCCAGCUGACGAGCAUGGAGAUGCAGCGCUUGACAAUGUAGAAUUUGGCCUUCUGCUCCUUGGCCAUGUUGGUGCACUUGCGCGUGAAGCCGGAGCACCUCUGGGACGAGCUCCUGGGGAGGGAGGAUUUAGAGGAGGUGGUCCUGGAGAGGGCAGAGGGGUUCUUGGUGGAGAAGCUUUUCUGUAGAGAGGACUUGCAUGGUUUGGAUGAGGAAUGUGGCCUAUCUUCUUUGGAUAACUUCCAUUUCUCAUCCAUGUAAUAGUCCAUGGAUCUACCCCUUCCUUAGAAAGGCACCUAGUAUUAGUAAUGCUUCGUUUAGAGAGAGAGAAAGGAGAGAGUUGUGAGAUGAGGUGGUGGUGGGACAAUAUAUACAUACUAGUGUGGAGACAAUGGUGGGUGGUAUUGAGGACUGUUACUGUUGUGUAGCAGCAUCACAUGUGGAUGCUUGAGUAAAAUCGUCAGGCUUUGCACCUUACUUUUUAAUUUGCAGCCAAAUUCUAUGCUGGAUCUCGUUUAUUAUAGGCCCCAACCCCUUCUGUUCCUGUUUCUCUGCCUUUCCAUUAUUUCUCCUAAUUCUCUUCCUAAUAAUUUUCAUUUUUUAUUUUUAAAUUGUACCC